AUGAAGUUCCUCGACCGACCGGACGCCACCAACAUGGAGCAGCUCACGUGGCCCCAGUCGCCGCCGAUGACGAUCCCGAUGGGCGCGCCGUCGUCGCCGCGGACGCUCGCGCCGGCCAUCGACUUUCUCAUCGACGCGGUCUCGCCGCAGCUUUCGUUCGAGGCGCGCGAAGGCCAAAUGCUCGUCCAAGCCUACUACCUACAGUCGCGGUCCCGCGUCGACUCGCACGACCCGAACGACCAGAACUACGCCGGCUACGUGUUUUCGCCGCAGGCCAAGCAAAGGUUUCGCACGGACGACGACGACGAGCCGAUUUUCCGGCUCGACCUGUAG